UCUCUGUAGCUGUUGUUGGGUAUGUUCCUCUGUUUCAUCUCAUAUAAGAGAAAGCAAAACGCAACAUAACUAAAGAGAAUUUGCAGAGCCUUCAGAUUUAGCAUUAUUCACAUUCAUUCUUCUUAUUCCUAUUCCUCUUUCUUCUCCUUCUUCUUAUUUCUUAUCCCACUCUUAUUCUAAACAAUGCGUGGUUGUUUAGAACCAUUAGAUUUGGGGAUUCAGAUCCCUUACCACUACAGGUGCCCAAUCUCACUUGAGCUCAUGCGUGACCCGGUAACGGUGUGUACCGGUCAAACCUACGACCGAUCCAGUAUCGAGUCGUGGGUUAACACCGGUAACACCACAUGCCCGGUCACGCGUGCGCCUCUAACCGAGUUCACACUAAUCCCAAAUCACACCCUCCGACGCCUCAUCCAAGAGUGGUGCGUCGCCAACCGCGCUUUCGGCGUGGAGCGAAUCCCCACUCCCAAACAGCCAGCAGAACCCGCUCUCGUCCGCUCCUUGCUCAACCAAAUAUCCUCCGCUUCAGCUUCAACUCACCACCGCCUCAACUCGCUCCGACGACUCAGACAACUCGCUCGUGACUCGGACUACAACCGCUCACUCAUUGCCUCCCACGACGUCCGCCGCAUCGUUCUCCGGAUCUUCGAUAACCGCUCCUCCGAUGAGCUGAGUCACGAAUCGCUCGCUCUACUCGUCAUGUUUCCCCUCGCCGAGUCAGAUUGCGCCGCCAUCGCCGCCGAUUUGGAUAAAAUUGGUUACCUCUCGGUUUUACUCUCUCAUCAAUCUCUCGACGUCCGAGUCAACUCAGCCGCGCUCAUCGAGAUGGUCGUCGCCGGGACUCACUCGGCUGACCUCCGAUCUCAGGUGAGCAGCGUCGAAGGAAUCCACGACGGCGUGGUGGAGAUUCUCCGAAGCCCGAUCUCGUACCCGCGCGCGCUCAAGGUCGGCGUAAAAGCUCUCUUCGCGCUGUGCCUGGUGAAGCAGUCACGGCAGAGAGCGGUUGCCGCCGGAGCGCCGGCGGUGCUAAUCGACCGUCUCGCGGACUUUGAAAAGUGCGAUGCGGAGAGGGCUUUGGCGACGGUGGAGCUCCUCUGCCGGGUUCCGGCGGGUUGUGCUGAGUUCGCCGGCCACGCGCUGACGGUGCCGAUGCUGGUGAAGAUAAUAUUGAAAAUAUCAGACCGUGCGACGGAGUACGCCGCCGGGGCGCUUCUUUCGCUGUGCUCGGAAUCGGAGCGGUUACAGAUGGAGGCGGUGGCGGCGGGGGUGCUGACUCAGCUUCUCCUCCUUGUGCAGAGCGAUUGCACGGAGAGAGCGAAGAGGAAGGCGCAACUGUUGCUGAAGCUUCUUCGGGAUUCGUGGCCGCAAGAUUCCAUCGGAAAUUCGGACGAUUUUGCGUGCAGCCAGCUUGUGGUGGUGCCUUUUUGAGUUUCACCCUCUCUUUUUUUUUUCUUGUAAUAAUUAAUUAAUCUCAAUUAUUUGUUAGUGGAAAAAUUAUUUAGAUUUCAGGAGGAAAAAAAAAAAUUUCAUCAACUGUGAAUUAAUUUGGAGCUUAGAAUUAAUUUCUGUAUUUAAUUUUUAUUUUGUAUGUAAGAAUUAAUAUUGUGAUGAGCAAGACAAAGUGUUUCAUCACAGGUUGUUGUAAUUUUGUAAAAUGGAAAAUAGAGCUAACUUUUUAUCUUGUUUUUUC